AUGGAAAUACCCUUGCAGCAACGAAUUACCGAAAAAAUGAAAAAUGCAAAAAAUUGGAAACAUCACAGAUGCAAAGGGAAGCAGAUAACAGACAGAGCUGUAAAGAUGUGGCUGAAGGAUCUCAACGACCUAGCUUUUGAUUUGGAUUAUCUUCUGGAUGAGUUUGCCACAGAAGCUCUGCGACGCAAUUUGAUGGAUCAGGAAUCUCAUGCCAGCACCAGCAAGAAAAAUGACCUGGGUUUGGAAAAAAAUGCUGGACGUAUCAGGUCCAAUAGAGUAAGAGAAAGAUUGCCCACUACUUCUUUGGUAGACAAAACUCGUGUUUAUGGCAGAGAAAAAGAUAAAGAGGCAAUACUUGAGUUAUUAUUAAGGGGUGAAACUAGUGAUGAAAUCUGUGUCAUUUCCAUUGUGGGUAUGGGAGGUGUUGGUAAAACCACUCUCGCUCAACUGGUCUACGAUGAUGACAAUCUGAAGGAUCAUUUUGAUAUGAAGGCAUAUGUUUGUGUUUCUGAUGAUUUUGAUGUUUUUGGGUUGACCAGGACAAUUCUUGAAAAGCUCACCUCCCAAAUCUAUUACUAUAAGGACCUAGAUACGCUGCAGGUUAUACUUAAGGAAACCCUAACAGGAAAAAAGUUUCUUCUUGUUUUGGAUGAUUGUUGGAAUGAGAAUCGUGAACAGUGGGACCUCUUACGUCGGCCUUUUCUAGUUGGGGCACCCAAAAGCAAAAUUAUUUUUACAACUCGUGAUAAAUGUGUGGCAUCAAUGAUGAAUUCUGUUCCGGCUAUCCCAAGCUACCUUCUAAAGAAGUUGUCAGAUGAUGAUUGCCCAUUUUUAUUUGCUCAAUAUGCACUUGGAAGCACAUAUUUUGAUGUGCAUCCGAAUCUGAAAGAAAUCGUUGAGAAAAUAGUGAAAAAAUGUGAAGGCUUGCCUUUGGAAGCAAAGACACUUGGAGGUCUAUUGGACACUGACUUGGAGGAGAAAAGGUGGAGAGAUAUAUUGAAUAGCGAGAUAUGGGAUUUACCACAAGAAAAAAGUAAUAUUCUUCCAACUCUUAGACUGAGCUACAUUCAUCUCCCUUCUCAUUUGAAACAUUGUUUUGCUUACUUCUCAAUAUUUCCAAAAGACUAUGAAUUUGAAAAAGAGGAGCUGAUUCUGUUAUGGAUGGCGGAAGGUCUUUUGCAGCUAUCAGAAGGAAAGCGGAUGGAAGAUUUUGGCAGUAAAUGUUUUGAUGAUCUACUAUCAAGGUCAUUUUUCCAUCAAUCAUGUGGAUACAAGACACGAUUUGAGAUGCAUGACCUCACAAAUGAUCUAGCUCAAUUUGUUGCCGGAGAUACAUAUUUUAGGUUGGUGGCGGAUAGGCUGAAGGGAAAUAAUCAUUCUACAAUUUUUGAACGGGCUCGCCACUUUUCCUACACUCAUGAACAUUAUGAGGUCUUUCAGUUCAAGGCCCUUCAUAAAUUUCGACAGUUGCGAACUUUCUUACCAUUAUCACUUCAAGAACCGUUUGGGAGGCAAGAAUCUUACUUAACCAAAUGUGUUUUAUUCAAUCUAUUGCCUAAAUUUUAUUGCUUAAGGGUGUUGUCUUUGUCUCGUUAUAAAAUAAUUAAGCUACCAAAUUCAAUUGGCAAUUUGAAGCAUCUAAGGUACCUUGAUCUGUCUUACACAUUCAAUCAAAUUGUUACCGGAAUCAUUGGGUACUUUGUACAAUUUGCAAACACUGUCAUUGCGCAACUGCAAAGCUCUCUGCAUGCUGCCUUCGAGCAUUGUAAAUUUAGUUAG